GGCCAUAUUCCACGACCUUAAAAAAUUGUAACGGUUUCUUGUUUGAAAAGUUUCUUGUUUUUUUAUACUCAUUAUUUUGAGACAAGUCGAAGCAAUAAAAUUAUGCUACCUGGUAAGAGUGAUUCAUUUACGUUUCGCAGAGGUGUAGCCGAAAAUACGUCGGCGAGAAGUGCGGCCAUGCAGAAUUGCAGAAGGAAAUUAGAAGACAACUUCGAUGAAAAUCAAAGAAAUCGUUCGUACAAUAGCGAUCGAUCGGUUUUGUCUGUGCUAUCAUUCAACGAUAAUGCCAGGAAAACGCUCAGAAACGGUGCAGAAAGACUAACUAAAACGUUCAACACGUUUAGAACAUCUAUAGGUACUUUUACACAGAAGUUUAAGAUAUCGACGAAACGUCGACAAAUUUUGGAAGAAGGUCCUAUGACCCCGAAUGUGGCUGGUAAUACACCGUAUUCAAGGCAACUUCUAGGUAGGACUCCCACUAAAAUGUACAGUCCCUUUGGAAUAGACAGCCCCUACAAUGCCACUACAUACAAUUUGGAAAAUAUGCCACCCAGUUACUACGCAAAAUAAGUUAAAAAUUACUAUUAUUGCAGCUUUACUGAUUUUUUUCAGUACUAUUUUUGUAUAUAAACUUAUACAAUACUCGUAUUAUACAUUCCUAUAAUAUUUUUUUUGUUUGAAAUUGUCAAACAAACAUUUUGGCUGUAUUCCAAUUUUUUUUGGUGAUAAUUUACUCCAUGUAUUAAUUUAAUUUCUUUAACCCAGUGUAAGGUAAAAUUUC